GGCACAAAGCAGGGCUGCCUUCUAUCACCCCUCAUCUUCAGCAUGUGUAUAAACUACGUCCUCGAGCGGACUGACCUAGGAGAAGGAGCCAAAAUGCACAGAGCAAAACUUUUGGAAAAGGACGAGGGAGCCGCAGCAGGAGAGGCCCGACUAGGCCAUCUGUUAUACGCUGACGACAUCGCGCUACUAGCAGAAGACGAGGAGAGCCUAAGGAAAGCCACGCAGAGGCUGGUAGACACGAUGUCGGAAUACGGCCUGGCAGUCAACCUCGCAAAGACGAAA